AUGAACUACCUUUCGCUCCUCAUCCCUUUCGCCUACCUAGGCAUCCUCCUCACCUCGCUCGCCACAUUCUCCUCCUUAUACCGCAAGCGAAAAGCUCGUUCGUCUUCCCCCCCAACCCUUUCUCCAAUCCCCGGAAAAUCAAACGAACCAACUAACCAUUUCCCUUUCCCCGUUCCAGAAAAAUCCCUAAGCCUGUCCCCCUACUUCCCCGCCCACACCGCGCGGGACAUCUACCUGUCGCUGCUGCACCUGAGCGACCACGACGGCUCGGCGGCCAAGGUGCCGGACUCGCUCCUCCGCGCCGCCCUGCUCGCGCGCUGCACCGAGGACAUCCACCGCAUCGUGCACAUCCGCACGCGCAAGCAGGCGCUCAACACGCUGCUGAAACGCGGCUGCGUCGGCGACGAGAUCUGGCAGCGCCUGUUGCGCGCCGAGGCCGAGCUCGAGCUCGAGGUCAAGGAUUGCGUGCAGGAGGCAAACGCAUUCUCGCCCAACUGGGGGACCACGAUCUUCCAAUCCGCCAACGAGAUGGCGAACAAUGACAUGUUGAAGCAGCGGCUCGAGGGCAUCUUUGCGAGCCUGCCCGCCGAGAAGAGGGAGUGGGAGCGCCGACGCCAGAGGAUGAGGGAGGGCUUUUUGAGGGAGUUAGAGGCCGGCGCGGAGAAAGGCACCGCGGCAGAGAGCAGGAAGGAGUCGCUUGCUGCGACGGCGGCGGCUGGGAGGGGGAGUAGUGAUGAGGAUGCGGUCCUCGUCGAGAAGGGUGGCGAGGCUGCCGCUUCGUCGAAUAUUGGCGCAGGAGGGGGAGGUGGUGCUGGAGGGGGAGGGAAGGGCAAGAAGAAGAAAGGGAAGAAAUAA